UCCCAAAACUCUCUAUUCUCGUUUCUAAUACAAAUAAAAAAAGAGAUGUGUCAAUUUACAUCCUCUAAUGACACUUGCACUUGCAAUCCAAACGUGCCUUACCUUCUCCCUAUCAAAGCCAACGAAGGGUCCAACAUGUACCCAUCGUUUACCCCUAAAAGCCCAAUAUGGAACCAAGACGAAAAGCUUGAAAGGGCCAUGCCUUCUGUGUCUCUUGCAAUCGAGGAAGCCAUUUCCAUAGCUAAGAUAGCUCUUCCCAUGAUACUAACGGGGCUCGUGUUAUAUUCCCGCUCGUUGAUCUCCAUGCUCUUCCUCGGUCAACUCGGUGAACUUGCUUUAGCUGGUGGUUCACUUGCCAUUGGCUUUGCCAAUAUCACCGGUUACUCUAUCCUUUCGGGUCUUGCCAUGGGAAUGGAAUCCAUUUGUGGACAAGCUUUUGGUGCUCGAAAGUAUACCCUUCUUGGCAUCACGUUGCAAAGAACGGUGCUAUUGCUUUUAGUUACCUCUUUACCCAUUUCUCUUCUAUGGAUAAACAUGAAGAAAAUACUCACACUUUGUGGCCAAGAUGAAGCUAUAGCCAUUGAAGCACAAUCAUAUCUUAUUUACUCCAUCCUUGAUCUCUUAGCUCAAUCCCUUUUACACCCAUUGAGAAUCUAUCUAAGGACCCAAUCCAUAACUUUACCUCUAACAUGUUGUGCCAUUUUAUCAAUUCUUCUCCACGUACCAAUAAAUUACCUUCUCGUAUACCAUCUCAAAUUAGGAACCAAAGGUGUUGCUCUUAGUGGUGUAUGGACCAACUUCAACCUUGUAGCCUCAUUGAUAAUCUAUAUCCUUUACUUCAAAGUUCAUAAAAAGACAUGGGGAGGGUUUUCAAUGGAGUGCUUUAAAGAAUGGAAAUCCCUAUUGAAUUUAGCCAUUCCAAGUUGCAUUUCAGUCUGCCUUGAAUGGUGGUGGUACGAGAUCAUGAUCCUUCUAUGUGGGUUGUUGUUAAACCCCAAAGCCACCGUUGCUUCAAUGGGCAUUUUGAUUCAAACAACAGCCUUGAUCUACAUAUUCCCAUCUUCACUAAGCUUCAGUGUAUCAACAAGGGUAGGGAACGAACUCGGUGCUAACCAACCCAAAAGAGCUAAACUCGCCGCCUUUGUAGGCCUUCAUUGUGGCUUCAUGUUGGGGUUUUCAGCACUUGUAUUUGCCGUAACAGUUAGGAAAAUAUGGGCUACUAUGUUCUCCGCCGAUAAAGAGAUCAUAGCAUUAACCUCCCUCGUUUUGCCGAUAAUCGGUUUAUGCGAGCUCGGGAACUGCCCACAAACCACAGGCUGUGGUGUGUUACGAGGCACUGCCAGGCCCAAAGUAGGAGCCAACAUAAACCUCGGUUGCUUCUACCUUGUUGGCAUGCCGGUUGCAAUAUGGCUAGCUUUCUUUGCUGGGUUUGAUUUCAAGGGACUAUGGCUUGGACUAAUGGCUGCACAAGGCUCAUGUGUGUUGACCAUGAUGGUGGUCUUGGUUAGAACAGAUUGGGAUUUGGAAGCUGCAAAGGCUAAACAACUGACCGGAACAGUACUGGUUGUCUAUGACAGUGACAAAGCAGAAUUCGAGGAGGAAUCUAUUUCUUUAUUAAGUGAUUCAAAUCAUUAUUGCCUCGUUUAGUUAACCAUUUUUAUCCCCCUUUUUGUCACCUGUACUGUAUAUCUUAAGAAGGUAAAGGGAGGGAACAAAAGGAGUUAUUCAAAGUUUGUUUUCUUUUUUAAUUCAAUUGUAUAAAAAGAAUAUCAUUAACUAUA